UGAGGAUACGUUUGGCUUGCCAAGUUUGUAGUGGCACCUCUGAGAUUCCCCCACUCCCUGUUUUUUGGAUCUAUUACAGUGCCCGUUUGUACGUAGACAUACCGGGGUUUUUUUUGCCUCUUUUUCAAGAAAAUUGGAAUUCUUUGGGAAGCUAAUGGAUACUGAGGACGAUCCUAAAAAUCUCCUUUUGAAUCUGUAAUAGAGGUGUACGAAGAAAUUGCUUAAAUUCAGCCAUCAAUUUAGCUUCAUACUAAGCACCUCGAAGUAUUUAUGAUUGCAGAGCAGGUGCAAGCGAGGAUUAGUAAUAAGGAUGAUCCAGCUGAGAAACUCAUCCAGGAGCAUAAAAGAACCCUGAUGAGAAAAAGAUAAGCAACAUAUGAUAUAGACCUGCGGCUAACUGGAUUUGAUUUAUAAGAGGGGAUUCUGCACUAAAUGGCCGCUCUCUUCAUAUUGCUGCUAUGGAAAACAGAAUUGUCAGUAGGAUGUAGUCUGAUAAAUAGUGCUGAGUGAAGAUGCAGCUUCAAUAAGUGUGAAAUCAAUGGAAGAUACUUACCGCAUGAAAAGCCUUUUGAGAUUUUUCUGACAGGCUCAUAUUCGGGAAACUUGAUCUGUGUUUCCUUUGGUCGCCCUGCUUUUACGCCAGUGGAUACAAAUAAGAUUGCUUCACUGUAGUUGCACAGCUAAUGUGGGACCAUGGCCUUUCCAAGAUCCAUGUGGCUGAACUGUGUAUGGAGAGCGAUGAUAGUCCGCCUGUUACACAUGGGAUUGAAUGCCACUUUUGCUCUUUGUACACUUGGAUUUUUGCUUCACGCUGCAGCUGUGUCCUCCCAAAAACUGGAUGAUACCAACCCAGUGGUGACCACCAACUUUGGCAAGAUAAGAGGGAUUAAGAAGGAACUUAAUAAUGAAAUUUUGGGGCCUGUUAUUCAGUUUCUUGGGGUUCCAUAUGCUGCCCCUCCAACAGGGGAGCGCCGCUUCCAGCCUCCUGAGCCUCCAUCGCCCUGGGCAGAUAUCAAAAAUACCACUCAGUUUGCUCCAGUGUGUCCCCAGAACAUUAUAGAAGGCAGGCUGCCUGAAGUCAUGCUUCCCGUGUGGUUUACUAAUAACUUGGAUGUAGUUUCCACCUAUGUACAAGAUCAGAAUGAAGACUGCCUCUAUUUAAAUAUCUAUGUCCCAACCGAGGAUGUCAAAAGAAUAUCCAAGGAAUGUGCCAGAAAACCCGGCAAGAAAAUUUGUAGAAAAGGAGGUCCCCUUACAAAGAAACAGACAGAUGAUUUAGGUGAUAAUGACGGUGCUGAAGAUGAAGACAUUCGGGACAGUGGGGGACCUAAGCCUGUGAUGGUGUAUAUUCACGGAGGGUCCUACAUGGAAGGCACUGGAAAUUUGUAUGAUGGCAGUGUUCUAGCAAGUUAUGGGAAUGUGAUAGUCAUCACAGUCAACUAUCGCCUUGGGGUACUUGGGUUUUUGAGUACUGGGGACCAAGCAGCAAAAGGAAACUACGGCCUCCUUGAUCUAAUUCAAGCUUUGCGAUGGACUAGUGAGAAUAUUGGGUUCUUUGGUGGUGACCCAUUAAGAAUAACUGUUUUUGGAUCUGGUGCAGGAGGUUCAUGCGUCAAUCUGUUGACUUUAUCCCAUUAUUCUGAAGGUAACCGUUGGAGCAAUUCAACCAAAGGACUUUUUCAAAGAGCAAUAGCUCAAAGUGGAACAGCUCUCUCCAGCUGGGCAGUUAGUUUUCAACCUGCAAAAUACGCCAGGAUGUUGGCUACAAAAGUUGGUUGCAACAUGUCAGACACUGUAGAGUUGGUAGAAUGUCUACAGAAGAAGCCUUAUAGAGAACUUGUUGAUCAGGACAUUCAACCCGCAAGAUACCAUAUAGCCUUUGGACCUGUAAUUGAUGGUGAUGUGAUACCAGAUGAUCCUCAGAUAUUGAUGGAACAAGGAGAAUUUCUCAAUUACGACAUCAUGUUGGGAGUUAACCAAGGGGAAGGGUUAAAAUUUGUUGAAAAUAUUGUGGAUAGCGAAGAUGGCAUAUCAGCUAGUGAUUUUGACUUUGCAGUUUCUAAUUUUGUUGAUAACUUAUAUGGAUACCCUGAAGGAAAAGACAUAUUGAGGGAAACUAUUAAGUUUAUGUACACAGACUGGGCAGAUCGACACAAUCCUGAGACCAGAAGGAAAACAUUGCUGGCUUUGUUUACUGAUCACCAGUGGGUUGCACCAGCAGUGGCUACAGCAGAUCUUCACUCAAAUUUUGGGUCGCCUACGUAUUUCUAUGCCUUCUACCACCAUUGCCAGACAGAUCAGGUACCUGCAUGGGCAGAUGCAGCCCAUGGAGAUGAGGUUCCUUACGUGUUAGGAAUUCCCAUGAUUGGUCCUACUGAAUUAUUUCCUUGUAAUUUCUCCAAAAAUGAUGUCAUGCUAAGUGCAGUGGUGAUGACAUACUGGACAAACUUUGCAAAAACUGGUGACCCGAAUCAACCAGUGCCACAAGAUACGAAAUUCAUUCAUACAAAACCAAAUCGUUUCGAAGAAGUAGCAUGGACCAGAUAUUCUCAGAAAGACCAACUGUAUCUUCACAUUGGAUUAAAACCACGAGUGAAAGAACAUUAUAGGGCCAAUAAAGUGAACCUUUGGUUGGAACUGGUACCUCAUCUGCACAAUCUUAACGACAUUUCACAGUAUACCUCUACCACAACUAAAGUGCCAUCAACUGAUAAUACUUUCAGACCAACAAGGAAAAAUUCUGUUUCUGUUACGUCAGCCUUUCCUACAGCCAAACAAGAUGAUCCCAAACAACAGCCGAGCCCAUUUUCAGUGGAUCAAAGGGACUAUUCAACAGAAUUGAGUGUUACUAUUGCAGUUGGUGCAUCUUUGCUGUUCCUGAACAUUUUGGCCUUUGCAGCACUGUACUACAAAAAAGACAAGCGGAGACAUGAUGUUCAUAGGAGAUGUAGCCCGCAGCGUACUACUACCAAUGAUCUUACCCAUGCACAAGAAGAGGAGAUAAUGUCCCUCCAAAUGAAGCACACUGACUUGGAUCAUGAAUGUGAGUCCAUCCAUCCACAUGAGGUGGUUCUUAGGACCGCCUGUCCCCCAGACUACACGCUAGCUAUGAGAAGGUCUCCUGAUGAUAUUCCCUUAAUGACACCCAACACCAUCACAAUGAUUCCCAACACUAUACCGGGGAUUCAGCCCCUACACACAUUCAAUACAUUUACUGGAGGACAGAACAAUACUCUGCCCCAUCCUCAUCCCCACCCCCAUUCACACUCAACAACCAGGGUAUAGCCAGACAAGAUGAAACAAACUUUAUUUUUUGAUGGAUUACAGUAGGUGAUAUUACUGAAGAUUACUUGGCUUUCAACCUACAAGACUCUUACUAUUUAAAUAUGGAGGAAUAUUAUGUGAAUAUACAUAUCAAGAACUUUUGGGGUUUUGAAAAAAAUGAAUUGUACAUAUAUCAAAUGAACUUAAGAAACAAACAAACAAAAACAACAAAAAAAAAACAAAAACCCAACUGUUUGCAAUUGCUUGAAGCAGUUGUCCUGAAUGAUACUUUUUCAUUCACAUUCAAGUAUUAAUUUUUUGAAGAUUUAAGUUACGUAAUGGAAUUAGGCAUGUGCAACACAAACAGGAAAGAACUAUGACUGAAAUUUAAGAUACCUAUAAAUAUGCACAAGGGACACACUAAUGGAAUGUCAGAUAAUUUUCACCAAUUUUUAUUUGGACCUGUUUUAUUGUGUAGACCAUAUUUACAUAUUUGAAUAAGUACACAAAGCACCAAUGCUGUUAAGGCCUUAGAAGGGGGCUCAUGCUGAAAUCUGCCAGUCAGACAAAGAAGUUUUACAGCCUGGCAGGUACAACAUUAUCACAUAAGUGCUGUCAGUAUAAAAGUUGUGGGAAUAAAGGAAACUGGAUAUUUUUAGCACGAUGUGCAUGAUAAUUUAUAUGCUUGGUGGCUGUGCUGCUGAUUAAGCCGUAAUUAAAAUUCUUCUCAUCCCAUUGGAGUUUUUAAUAGAAGCUUUCUCCAUCAAUUGGCACAACCUAAAGAAGAUUUUUAAAGGGGGAAAAGUAAUUAUAGUAAAAUAUAUCACAGUAGCUUCAGUAAUAAAAGGAAUUGCAACAAUUCUUAAAGGUAUUUGAUGAUAUUCUAGGUAUACAGUGGUGAACAUUCGCUGAUAUGACUCCCAGAAAAGAAUUCCGUGUUGUUCGUGUUCUUUUUCUUUUCCACCUAAAUAAUUGCGAACUUUAACAUAACUGUAACUUUAAUGGAAUCUCCUUUGAUGAAGUAUUUAUAAUUUGCUGUUACAAUAUAUUUAUUCAGUUCAAAUUGGUAAGGUAAAGUGUGUCCAAAGAUGUAAUUGCAAUGAUAUUUUGCAGUAUGAGGAUGCCCCAAUAUUACCACUCUGAUCACAGUUCUCAGUUUAUUGUUUAAACUCAUGUUGCAUGUGACAAAGUUUACUUACAAUACUUCAAUAUAAAGUUCGUUCCCUUUUUGCUAUACAUUAGCUUUGCCAUUCAAAUGAAUUCACUAGACAGGAUUGCAACGGUGUAGAUAAAGAGGGUAUAUAGGGACAAGGAGAGAGCCAACAACUGGAAAUUUUAAAAUCUGAAUACUAUAUAUGUUUGUGUGAUUUUAAAUGAAUGUUCUAAAAAUCACAAAAAUUUUUCAUUCCCCUGUUGCUUUCCAGUAAUUAUAUAUGAUGGUCCUUUCAAAAUGUUUGUAUAUGUAAUCAGAUGUACAUUUAUAUAAAAGAAAUAAUUGAGAUGGACUUAAGAGCACAUCCCUGAUAAAUACUUUCUCUCUUACCUGUACUAUAUUUCUAUUAGACUAAAGUUAUGUGAUUUUUUUUUACAUUUUUUCAAAUUACUAGCAAUUUUGAUAGUUUGUAAGAUAAUGCAAAGAACUUUCUCUGACAAACUAACUGCAGUAACAGAAACAUUUCUUUUCAGUUACUCUUUUUCAAGAAUGAAAGCUUAUUACACACAAAAAAUUGUAUACUACUUGAUGGAAAAUUACUUUGUACUUCUUGGCCAUAUUACUGGUCACUGAGUGAAAUAAAGAUAAUCUGGAUAACGAAUAUUAUUCCAAUGCUAAGAGACCUGAUCUUUGCUCAUUAAAGAGCUAAAAUGUU